GACAGUAGUAUGCGGACCAGUAGACAUUUUGUUAGCGACAAGCAAUUUGGAUAAAAAUCAUCCCUUGGACUCUAACAUCACUUCUAAGAACACUAUUAUUAUGUUUUGUUAGCAAAGCUAAAGAAAGAAGCCCGGUAGCUAUCAAGCUUGGUUUUCAAUUCGUAGAUUGCUGGGAUGCAAUUGAAGGCUGAUAGAAACCGUCCCAGGAAUUAAACAGUUUAGUGAGCAGCAGUAUAGGUGAGUAAAUAUACCGACCAAAGAACCUUUGAUGGGUUUGAAAUUCAAAUGCAGGCGUCAUGGCCACCAAUAUGCCUUUUUCCGACCUCAUAAAUGCAUAAUUGAAAGCUCCAGAUUUGUUUCAGUGAGCUUUUUCAUCGUUUCUUAGCUUUUGAGUAAAUAUCCCCAACCGCCUUUUUGCUGUUGGGUUGUUGGCAAAUUCAAUGCCCAGCUUCUCUUAUAUCUCAUCCCAAAUAAUUUGCUCCUUUCUUCUCAUAUUGUCCCCCUCCUCCUUCUCCUCCUGUAUUUCUCUUGACUUUUCGUGGACAUGUACUAAUUCCUUCCCAGACACAAAGUUCCUAGAAGAGGGUCACAAGCCAUUAUAUUGUUUACUACUAUCACAAAAUUUGAUUAGGUCUUCUCAGCGUAUGUUGGCUUAUCUGUGGUCACAAGGAUUGAACGUCCAACUAAAACAGAAGGCGGGUUUAGUGAUAGUUAGCACAUCAAUAAUACGGGAUAUUGGUGCGGUUCAAUUAGAAAACCGUGCUCUCUUGUGCAUAGAGCCCCGUUAUUUGAUUGAGCCGUGCCAAUAUCACGUAUGGCUUCUACUGCUAAUUAUCACAACAACAUUUCUCUGCUUGUUACAAAAUCUUGAGCUAGCUGUACAUGGAAUCUCUCAUCAGGCAACGAACACAGGAGGAGUAUAAUCUCGUAGCAAUAUAGCAGAAAGUGGAAGCAGCAGGCAAUAUAGCAGAAAGUGGAAGCAGCAGGCAAUAUUCGGGGUGCUUAAGCUGGAACAUCUGGCGUAAUCUUACGGCAAAAACUUUAAAUCAAUCAACCAUGAUGUAUUUUGUCACUCCUCAGGACUGGGAAUCAUCAGUUGAAUGCAAGAGAACCUAGAAGCGUAUCAGAGAAGCUCCUUGCUUACUUAUGCAGUUGAGCAGCAAUUGUAAAUUGAGUAUGCAUCUGACCCACAAGUAGCUCUUGGCAAUGGAAACAUGUACCAUCUUUCAACUUUCUUUUAGUUUCUACUGGUCUUUCUUUUACUAAAAUAUUAAGAAUUAUUGAUCAUGACUUUAUUCAAGCCGUGAAGAGAGUUAACCACGAUUUCCCAUUAU